AAAUUAUUUUCCCUCCUUUUUUUUAAUAUCCUUCUUCUUCUUCGAGAAGGAGCCGCACCCAUUAGCCCAACUCCCCUGUCCCCACUCCCCUUCCUUCUCAACAAUCGAUCGAUAGAUCGAUCGAGAGAAGUCAAUCAGUUCACGUGUGCUCUCUUCUCAAAUCCCCAAACCUAGGGUUUCAAAAUUCUCCUUCUAUUAUCUGUAUUAUUUUCAUUUAAUCGACUGAGAUGCUGAAGAGCCGCUCGAGUUCGAGUAGCUCUGAUAAGAUCUUCGAUGGCGUUCGAUUCGUUCUGUUUGGAUUUGAUUCCGUCUCUGAAUCUCAGUACCGAUCUGAGAUUGUACGGAGAGGUGGAAUCGAUGUUGGUAGAUAUGAUGAUAGCUGUACUCAUGUGAUUGUCUCCGGUCGUAUUUAUGAUGAUCCUGUUUGUGUUUCUGCUAGAAAAGAUUGCAAAACACUUGUGACUGAUCUUUGGAUUGAUGAUAGUGUGGAUUUUGGGACACUUGCUGAUGCUAGCCGGGUUUUGUAUAGGCCUGUAAAAGAUUUGAAUGGAAUUCCGGGCAGUGAGUCGCUAUACAUUUGCCUGACAGGAUAUCAAAGGCCAGAACGUGAUGAUAUUAUGAAAAUGGUUUCCUUGAUGGGGGCAAAAUUCUCCAAGCCUUUGAUAGCAAACCAAGUCACACAUCUUAUUUGCUACAAAUUCGAGGGUGAGAAGUAUGAGCUUGCAAAGAAAGUGAAAAUUAAACUUGUAAAUCAUCGAUGGCUGGAAGACUGCUUGAAAGCAUGGGAUAUCCUGCCGAUAGAUAAUUAUACUAAAAGUGGAUGGGAAUUAGAGGUUUUGGAAGCUGAGGCUAGGGAUUCAGAAGAAGAAACAGAAGAUGUAGGUAUGGAGUUGAUGGGACAGAGAAAUACUGGAGGAGCUCCAUGUGAACAAGGUCAGAUGUCAGUUGCUGCAAGUUCUCAUGUGCAUACUCCUAAUAAGGGAAGUCUCAGCAUUCGUCAAGAGGGUUCAAUUGCAAAUCGAUCACAUUCAGUUAUUGCACGUUCUCAUGAGCAUACCCCUAACAGGGGAAGUCUCAGCAUUCAACAAGAGGGUUCAACUGCAAAUCUUCCACAUUCUGCUGAGAAUCUUCCAGCAGACCAGUGGCUUUCGACUCCAUACAAGGAGACCAGUUUUGAAGAGGCUCUUUCUAAGCAAAACCUAAAGAGCAAUGUUGAGAUUGAUCAUCAGGAAGCUGGAGGUGUUGCCCGGAAAAGUGAUAAUAAUGCUAUGAAAGAUGGGGAAUUGACAGUACCAGUUGAUGUUAGCUUACAGAAAAGGGAUAACAUCACUUUGUCUGAUGUACUGACAACAAAAAUCGGUUCAGUGUCAAGCAGACAAGAGAGAUCUAGCACGUUGUGCUACUCUAAGAGAACUCCAAAGAAAGAAAUUGCAAGGGAAAAACCAUCUGAUUCAUGCAGAACGGAAUUGAAUGAAAACAUUUUAAAUGGUGAGCUUGACAUCUCACCAUUAGAAGGAAGAAGCAGGCUUGAUCACUUUCAAUUUCCAACAGCUAGUUGUGUCUUGCCGCAGAAACGUAAGGUUUCUGAUUUCAGCAGUAUAAAAUCUUCUGAACUGGAAGUUCAUGAUCCUAAAAUUUCUCCAAAGAGUCCUACAAAUACGAGAUUUGAACGACUCAAACCUACUUCUGCAACAUCAAUACAUUAUGGCCAUGCUGAUGCAAGCAGUACAUUGGAAGGAGCUGCUAAGACAAAUUCUGAAGUUUACCAACAUGGUGCUCCAAUAAAGCUUACCUCUUUGAGUUACAAUAGGAGAUCCCUAAAAAGAGGGCAGCCAACUUCUGAGUCCAAAUUUUCCAGAAAUGCAGAUUCUCCUUCAACUGGAUGUACGCAGAAUUGUCAACAAGGAGAAGCAUGGGAUCAACCAUCAGGCGUAAAAGUUAAGUUAGCAGUUGAAACAAAAGAAUUAUGUCCUUCAAUUUCUCCAUCUGAAGACAGAGUGCUAGAAGAUAUGGCCCCUAGUUUCAAGCCAAAAAACACAAUGGAAGCUGAUGCAGGUUUUGGUAAUGUGGUUAGUGGUGUAAAUAAUUUGGCCUCCGCUGGAAGAAAUAAUGAUGUAAACCCCAUCGAAGAGAUGGCAUCUGAGACUUCUGGUGGCUCAAGGCAAUCUCAGGAGAUUGGUAAAUCUGAAAAUGAUGGUGAUAUUGUAAUGCGAGAUAAUUCGACAUUCAUGGCCAAUGAAACUGGGGUACCCCUGGGAAGGCAGCACAACGGUGGAGCUGCAUCGCCUAGUAGUAGGAAAACCAGAAAGCUCUCAAGAACUGCAAGUACUGGCACAUGCAAGGAAAAUGUUAACGAAGAAUCAAAGAUUGUACACAGGAAAAAGGUAGUUUCUAGGAGAAAUUUGAUCUGGAAGCCUCAGUUAACUACAGUAAACACCCUUAAGGGUAAAGAUGCUAGCACUUUGGAUAAAGCUACCGCUCCAAGAAAAGUGGAGAGUAAACCAGGGAAAGCUGAAAAAUCAAAUUCAGAUAUAGAACUUGGGAUGGAGGCCGUCAAUGAUAAUAAAGAAGCAACCAAGUCAUUUUCCAAGGAUGUAGUCAUGGAACACCAGACGAAACCAAAACGGGAUCCUUUGGAUCAGACAGAGGCAUCCGUGGACCUUGAAAAGGAUAAUAAUCCAAAAGAAAAUGCCACCUUAGCUUCGAAUGUUAAUGCUCAUGCUAAUAGUAAGGUUCCUUGUGAAGACGGAAGAAAGUCAAGGCAAGGGACUAAAAGAGUUAGAGCAAAGAAUUGUAAAAAGGAACUUGUGGGUCAGAUGGAGGCAGCCAUGGAUCCUGAAAAGGAGAAUAAACCAAAAGAAAACGGUACCCUGGCUUCGAAUGUUAAUUCUCAUGGUAAGGUUCCUUGUGACGACAGAAAUAAUUCAAGGCAAGGGACUAGGAGAGUUGGAGCAAAAACCAAUACAGAUCAAACAAUCAGUUGUACAAGAACUGUAAACCCUGAACCUGUGUGGUUUAUAUUAAGUGGGCAUCGUUUCCAGAGGAAGGAGUUUCAGGCAGUGAUUAGGCGUUUAAGGGGAAAAGUCUGCAGGGAUUCUCACAAUUGGUCUUAUAAUGCUACACAUUUUAUUGUUCCUGAACCUGUUCGCAGAACCGAGAAGUUCUUUGCAGCUGCUGCAGCUGGAAGAUGGAUUCUGAAGAUGGAUUACUUAACAGCCAGUAACGAGGCUGGAAAAUUUGUGAAUGAAGAACCUUUUGAAUGGUAUGGUAAUGACCUCACAGAGCAUGGUGCUAUCAGUUUGGAAGCUCCACGGAAGUGGCGUAAGUUGAGGGAAAAGACAGGCCACGGUGCCUUCUAUGGAAUGUGCAUUAUCAUAUAUGGAGAUUGCAUUUCGCCCACAUUGGACACAUUAAAGCGAGUGGUAAAAGCUGGAGAUGGCACCAUUUUAGCAACCUCGCCACCAUACACUCGCUUUCUCAAGUCUAAUGUAGAUUUUGCAAUUGUUAGUCCAGGCAUGCCUAAGGUCGAUUCUUGGGUCCAAGAGUUCUUGCGACAUGAAAUUCCGUGUGUGGCAGCUGAUUACCUUGUGGAGUACAUCUGCAAGCCUGGCUACCCCUUGAAGAUGCAUGUGCUAUACAACACACAUUCUUGGGCAGAGAAAUCAUAUGCAAAUUUGUUGAGGCGAUCAGAAGAGAUUAUCACUGAUGAUUGUUCGCCUUUGGAAGAGAGCGUUGAUGAUAUCAGUUGUUCUGUGUGUGGAUUGAAUGAUAGAGGGGAAGUGAUGUUGAUGUGUGGGUAUGAGGAUGGUUCUGUUGGAUGUGGGAUUGGUACUCAUAUUGACUGUUGUAAUCCUCCACUUGAAGCUGUACCUGAGGGGGAUUGGUUCUGCACUAAAUGCAGUAGAGAUCGUGAGCCGAAGAUUCCUCUUAGGAUUAAGAAAACUUCAUCGAAGUGUAAGUAGUUGUUAGAAGUUGAUUUGUAAAGGUAAAGUUGCUGUUAUUAUUUUAUCUUGUCUUUUUAGCUGUAUAAUAAAGAUUUUGUGGGAUCAGCGUUCUUUCAUGAUCCCUGUCGUGUUUAGUUCAUUAACGUUUGGGAAGCUUUAUGAGGGUUUUUGGCUUGUCUUCAACAUUGUGGGGAACUGUUGAACAUUCUGAUGUACAUUAUGAUCUUCCUAUGGAUCAUUCUGCCCAUUUUACCUGCUACAUCCUAGAUUUCUAUUUUCUU